AUGGCACCGCCAACCAAGAUCCUGGGCCACGACGUCCAGCAACGGAUGCUCGAGCGGUCGCAGGAGUGCGCACUAAAGUCGUUGACGCAAAACGAAUGCGCAUUCAACGGCCACGAGUACAUGUGUGUGCCGUUCAAGAGACUGUUCCAACAGUGUGUGAUGCGCGACGGACGACGCCUGAACAUCGAGGUGACAGACGAGGCCACGAACGGGCGGUAG